CUCUCUCUCUCUCUAUAUCUCUGUCACAGAUCGAUCACUGUUCUUCUCUCUCUAGAAUUUUGAGAGCUACAGCUGAGGAAAGCGAACUGCCAUCCAUGGGUGGUGAAACUUACUUGUCUCCUCCUCCAACCGAGGAUGAAUCGUUAUUAGGUCAGGAUUUCCCUCACGAAUUAAUUAAUUCAAGUGUUUCCAGUGAGGAUGAGGGUUUGAGUCAAAGGUUUGGGAAUGAUUCACCGACCAAUGGGGAGAGUGGAUUAAUUCCUCGUAUUUCUUCAAUUUACGAUGCUGUGGGAAGACAGAGAUUGAAGCUGUAUGCAGAGGUUUCGAGAACUUACGAGGAUUUGCAACCUCGGACUGACAGAUUGGAUGAGGCCAAAACUAAAAUUUUGAGCUACAAACCUGGUUCAUUGGCUGAAAAGGCAGUUGCUAUAGAUUCGAGUGUGUACGAUGUGCCGAAUACUACAUCCCUCUUACUAAUCGGACCAAAAGCUUCCGGAAAGAGUGCUCUUGUUAACAAAAUUUCUCGAGUUCUUGAAAAUGACUUAUUUACCUCAGAAAGAGCCCAAGUAUCAUCAAAGCAGGUUGUCAUGAAUCAAGGAUCAACAAUCAUUGCCGUUUCGGAAAAUGUUGAGAUUGAUUAG